AACUUGCCAUUAAUCUUAAUUGCACGGGUGAAUUUUUAUUAUGGCUAAAAUAAAAAAAGAAAUUGCGCGCUACAAAAUAAAUCAUUCCAACGGUUUGUAGUAACCCCGGCAGGUACUCACCAGACGAUCCACUCAAAGUGUAUAGAAUGAAAGCCAUUCGCUCAGCGGACAGCUGAAUAUUUUUCUCAUCGUGUUUAAUCAAAAUUGAAGUGAACUGCAGCAGAAGCAAAAAAAGUGUGUUCAAUAACCAGUAGGUGCGCCUUGAAGUUUGAGAGAAAAUGCCUGCUAAAGAACGAAAUAUUGCCAUGAUGGGUUACCGAUCCGUAGGAAAAUCGUCGCUCAGUAUUCAGUUUGUGGAAGGGCAGUUUGUGGACUCGUACGAUCCGACAAUCGAAAACACAUUCACCAAAAUAACCCGUGUCAAUUCAACCGACUACGAGGUGAAACUGGUGGACACUGCCGGUCAGGAUGAGUAUAGCAUAUUCCCCGCCCAGUACAGUAUGGACUUCCACGGAUACGUACUGGUGUAUUCGAUCACCAGCCAUAAGUCGUUUGAGGUGAUUCAGAUCAUCUACGAAAAGUUACUUGAUGUAAUGGGAAAGGCCUAUGUUCCAGUCGUACUAGUAGGGAAUAAGACGGAUCUGCAUCAAGAGCGCGCCGUCACGACGGAUGAGGGUAGAAAGCUAGCAGAAUCCUGGAAGGCACAGUUUCUGGAGACGUCUGCUAAGCAAAAUGAGUCCGUGGCAGACAUAUUCCACCUGUUACUACAGCAAAUCGAGCGGGACAACGGAAACACCAGUGAGAAGAGCAGUUGCACAAUCUCCUGAACAGCCUGUGGUCGAGUAAUGAGACCAAUUAUCAUCCCACUUGUUUUCCCACAUCACCACAUUCGCGAUUGUUGAACGUAGUCGUCGCCAUUCGUCACCUACUGCAUUCCUCCAGUUCUGCGCACUACGUACUACAUUUACUAGCAGCAACAGCAGACGGCACACCACUUCUGUAGUUGUUGUCUGUUUUAAGCAAUGUUUUCAGUAUUUGAGUUUCAAAAAAAGUACUGGAGGUAUCAGAAGGUUCCGACUCAAGGGCAAUGCGAGGAGAAUAAGAGAUGACACUAUUGGAAUCUAGAAGCGCAUAAGCAUGAACCGGACUGUUUCCAGCCAGGUUUUACCUUAAUCACACACACACACAAACAAAACACAACGUUUCACGAUAUCAUUGAAGAGUGGCAGAUAGGCAGGCAAUAAUUUCGGGAACGGCAUUAGAGCGAGUAUAGUUUUAUAUCAUAUUUUAUCUGUCGGAGCAGCGUGCAACGCAGUGAGUGUAUGUAUAAGGAUAUUGUAAAAAUAUGAAAUUAUAUUUUAAAAUCAACUUUAGUUUUUUGAAUAAAGGAUGCAUAGGGGUAAAUUGCGACUGUAGGAAGCGAGAACUUUGAAUGGUAAAAAAGGUAUCCACCAUAUAAAUGGGUAAAACAAAUGUUACACAUAGAUAGGAAGAUGUCACUGAACAUACGAGUCGAGUACGGACAAAGUUGAAAUUUUCCUCCGUUAAUUGUUUGAACCGCUUUGUUCAAUGUAUCUUCACUCAGAACAAGUGGCACAGAUGGGUCGAGAAUGUGGUUCUACGCUCACUGUAACACUAGCAACUAAUAACAAAAUAUACUUUAGUGGUAAAAAGCCGAUGAAUAGUUAACUGUAAAACCACACCGACCUGGUAAGAUCAGCACGCUAUAAAAUCGCGAUCGAAUCCACUUUAAAGACUUACUUUCGGAAAUUCGAACUCUGAUUACUCCCUCACCAGAGGUAGGGUAGCAAAAUUAACCGACUAUUUCUGUUAUUUUUAAAUGGUGAAACAAUAAUAUUAGAAAAUACGAUUGUUUUCGAUGUCACUAGAAAAAAGCUAAUAGAGAUAUCAACUGUAUUGUGCAGUGAUGUGUUAUGAUUCACUACUCCAGUUUAGUUAUUCGAAUAACCUUACUUACUAAUGAUACUUCAAACUUGAUUUGAAUAGAAAACGUUGAAUUGAGUCCGGUUGGGUUAGUCUUUAGAUGUGUAAUCGUGUUUCUGCGAUUAGCAAUUGAGCAUGGUGUUUGGUCUAGAGGAUACGUGCGACGUUACUGUCAGAGUUAGAGGGCGUCUGUUUGGUGUAUGAUUUGAUUAAUACAUUCGCGUUCAUUUUACAGUCACAAAUCAAAAAUGCGCCUGGUUUCUAGUAAAGCGCAAAAGGCGUCAGCCGAAAACUACUUUACACAUGUAAAUUUUAGGUUUUUUGUUAGUAAAACAACAAACGAUUAGCUGCGUAGAUUUUAGUGUGAUAUCAUAAGCCUCAUUUGUGGCGUAAAUGGUUAAACAAAUAAAAAUCGGUGGAAAGUACGACCUAUUUCAAGCCAACAA